AUGGAGGCAUACCUGGAAGAGGUACGCAAAAUCGAGAAGCAAUUAUUGGGUCUCGAACUGCAGCACAUGCCACGCGGCAUGAACAAGGAAGCGGACGACAUCGCCAAGAGGGCGUCCCGGCGCCUUCCUCAGGAGCCUGGCGUCUUUGAGGAGCGGCUCUUCAAGCCCUCAGCAGACCCUCCUGUUGCGGGCCCAACACCGCCCCCAAAGGAGCUCCCCCAAGCGCCCCUAUCAGGAGCCCCCGCUUGUGGCCCAACCUCGGGAGCGCGUCUGCUCCUCGUGCUCGAGCCUCAGGAGGGGCGCUGGACUGAAGAGUUCAAGGCGUAUCUGUUUCAGGGAACCCUACCGGAGAAGGAGGAAGACGCGGAGAGCAUGGCUCGGUAG